GUCAAAGGUGAGGAACAACUAAUUCCUGUGAAGGAGACACACGAGCACCUUGGCACAAAGGCUCUGCUGCAAGCCCUGCAGCGCUUCAGGGAUGCCCUGCAUCGGCGAGCCAGCACGGCCCCAGACAUCACCACCAGAGCCGAUGUGCAGGCUCAUGUUGGCCGCCUCGAGGUCAAGCUGAUUGAUCUGCUCCAACAGCAAGACCAGCAGGAUGCUCAGCUACCAGUCAAUAGUGCAGAGGUGCCGUGUCCAUACUGCGAUGCUGUCUUUGACACUGAGAACGCCAUGCGCAUACACGCACAGCUCGCACAUAAAGAUUUGCCUCCUCGUGUUGCCAGCACGCCCACUCAGUUUGUGCCGCGGCUUCAUGCUUGUGGCGGCCUCCCGCCAUGCCGCCUGUUUCUCAGAACCUUUUAUAGAUGGCAGUAUCUAAAAGAGCACAUUGAAAGUGGAGCCUGCGACAAGCUGGGGGGCGAAAGCCUCACAAAACACCCUGUCAAAGCGGACUCUCAGGCCAUUGCUGUGCAGCCGUCCCGUGACGACAACCCGCCCGACACAGCCACCGGAGUGUCGCAAAACGUUCCUUUGUGUGAGCGCCUGCACUUCGCUCGGCAGCGUCAUGAUUGGGAAGCCUUGCUGCGAGACCCGUUCAUGAGCCUGAGACUCCGGGCCUACAUGACAAAGCCCUUGCUCUCUGCCUUAGCUUUAAGCAACAUCUUGUUCGGGACCAUCAGUGCCCUUGGUGCAAGCGCAAGGAUGACAGACCCCUCCCAGGGCCUCAAUCCGGAAGCCGAUAUCUUCGCCUUCUGCAACCCCACUCUCCUGCAGUCCAAGCCAGCGCGAUCGUCACCACCACAACCGAGGGACAAGGAGAUCGAGGAGAGCCUGGAGGGAUCAACGGAAUCCACACAGCCGCCCAAGAGGCCACGGCCCGAGCCGAACCUGCUGAUGGCAUCCAGGCAGCAGUCCGCCUUCAAUCCUCGACGCCAGCAACGCCCACCAAAGAACAACGGCCUCUCGGCAGAGGCCAGACUCAUGGCCCGGAUGCUGCUGUACCACGAGGACCAGUUGGCGGCACAACGAAUGGACAAGGACUUCGUCCUUUUCAUGCGUCAGGACUAUGCCAGCAUCAUCCCCAAUCUCCACGCCAUUUCGGUGGAGUGGCAUGCCAAGAAGGAGGAGGGGGCCGAGGGCCUCACCUCCUCGCUACGCACCCUGUUGCUGGCGUGCUUGGUCAAAGAACUGCUGGCCCGGGUCCAAAAGUUAGCGUCGACCCAGGAGGGUCAGGAGAAGCUCCAGCGAACAAAAUGGAUGGAUCAGGACCAACAAUGGACCUUUUUGCGGUGGUGUCACAAGACGAGGAAACUUGUGGUGGACGACAACAAGCCCAGCCUGAGUCACACAGAGCUGGUACGUCAGCUCACCUUCCUCCUCGAGAACCUUCGCGGCGACAUUAUCCACAAGUUCCACAGCACCAAGGGCCUGGACAAGGUGGAAGAAAAUGCGUCCAAUCUUCCAUCCGUGACCUUUUUGUUAGGCAUCUCCCUACGGGGGGAGCGGGCCCACGAGAUACACGAGGUCUUGUGCAAGUUGCUGGGCUCUUCGGCCUGGCAGCUGGUGGGAGUAUCAAUGAAGCGGGAGGGGCUUCAGCGAGCACCGGCGGCCAAGCAGUUGGCCAAGAUGCUCUUCGGCAAGUCCUUCCUGGGGACAUGGCAAGGGCGUAGAUUGGUUGAUAAUGCCGAAAUGCAGAGGACUGUGCACAACCCCACCUCCCUCUGCAUUGGCCUUGGUGCACCACCCAGACAUAAUCCUGAUGUGCAAACUCUGAUCGAUCACUGGUAUGCACAGGAUUUUCGACAAGCCUUGAUGCAGCUCUCUCCAUGGCUUUUCCUGCAGCUACCGCGCUUCAGGCACCAGGCUGAUAGGAUCGUAAAAGCCAAGCAAUGUCAUUACUACGUGGUGACGCCGGGCCAGAGGGGAUAUCUUGCCCUGGACGACGACAAAAAGUACAUGGAUCUUCACGGCGAGGAAUGGAUUGCAAGCCAGAUUUACCUUCUGGAAGUACAGCUUCGCCAGAUGUGCCAGGACAUGGGAAUUCUGCAGCAGCGGCACAACAAUCUGCACUAUCAGAUUUCCCUCCUCAUGCGAAAUCAACGCCACUUGGCCCAGCAGCUCAUGUCGAAAAGCUCGCCGAACAAGUACAGACCGACCCCGCAGCUGAUCGACCUCCAUGAGCUGGAUGAUUAA